AUGUCAACAAAAACAUCAGGUGAUAUUAAACUUCGACUUUAUUACUGGAAUUGUCGUGGUCGUAUUCAAAGUGUUCGUUAUAUGCUUGAAGAUAUAGCAUAUGCACAUAAAAAUAUUGAUUACAAAGAAGAUUUUGAAUUACUUGCGACAAGUGCUGAAUUAUGGCCUACACACAAGGCUGAUGAAACAAUAUCCGGACCAUUCCAUAAUUUACCUGUACUUCAUUGGAAUGAUACACAUACUUUUGGUCAAACUUUAACAUUAGGACAACUAUUAGCACGAAAAUUUGAUUUAUAUGGUAAAUUAACACCAUCCAUUGAUAAUGAAGACUUUUUACAUGGCUAUAUUGAUGGUGUUGUUUCAUGUGCAUAUACUGAUAUUAUAUCGAAUGUUAUAACUUGUAUAUUCAGCAAUUUGAAUUUUACUGAUAAAAAUAAUCCAUCGUAUCGUUUAUUGAGAAUGAUUUCAAACAAUUUAAAAGCCUUAAAUAAUUUACUUAAAAAAAGUUCAACAUCACUUUAUUAUGAUCAACAAGAACCAACAAUUGCUGAUUAUUUUGUUUUUGAAGCAUUUACAUUAGCUCGUGAUUAUCAUGAAAUUGUAUUGCCAAAUGAAGAAGAUCGUCAAGCAUUAAUAAAACACGAACAAAUCAUGAAAGAACGACCAGCGUUAGCUAAUUAUUUUAGUAAAGGUUUAUUAUUUAAACGUAUUACUGGAUCAUCAAAAGAAAGCGAAUAUAUGGCAACACUUGCUGAAACAAAAAAAUAA